UUUAAAAUUCGGGUAUUGAAAUUUCGAUUGACAGAUGGUUACAUAUAUAUAGAGAAUGUUUAUGAGUUUAUCUUUCUGGCAAUUUGAUUAUAUGUACCUGUGUUUAAAUGAAACUAUCAUUUAAUAAGUGAAGAGAGAUGUCUGCUUUUGGAGAUGAUUGUCAAUUUUUCUACGAUACAAGCUCGGGAUGUGAAAAGGGAGAUCGAUGUCCGUUUAGACAUAGUGAACCAGCAAGGUCCUGCUUCGUUACUUGUAAUUUUUGGCAGAAAGGAAGAUGUACGAGAUCUAAUUGCAACUAUAGACAUUCAGUAAUGAAACAGAAACAGAAAAACCGUCAACUAAUACAGUGCUGGCAUGAAACACAACCAUCCGGUUGUACACGACCAGGCUGUCCCUUUAAACACUCAAAACCUGACCGAGUAAAUCAGUAUGGGUAUAACGAGACCCUAUAUGCUACCCAUGCAGUGGCAUCUGUGGAAACUGGUUCGGAUUUUUAUGAGCCUUCCUCGUCACCGAGUGUCCCUAUUUCUCUAAGCUGUACGAGCAAUAGUAUUAUGAUGUCGUGGGCAGAACCAGACGGAGACAGUGGUUACUUUAAUGGGUAUAAAAUUGUCUACAGAGAAUGCAUUAUGGGUAGUUCUAAUUGGAAAUCUAUCACAACGAAAAGUAAACAAACAAUUUACACAAUAAAGGACCUGAAAGGAGGUACCCAAUAUGAGUUCAAGAUUUGUACUAUUGACAGUGAUGGAAAGGAGGGAUCUUUCAGCCACCCAGCAGUCGCAUUCAGGACUAUGCCAUCUCUAGCACAGUCUGUUAAAGAUUUAGCAAAGAGAGUAAGACGUUCAGAUCCCAUAGUUUAUAAAAUUCCGUUCCAAAAAACUAAAGGUGGCACAAAUAUUGCAGCGAAAACACAGAAAUGUUAUUUUGGACAAAAGACACCGGGCACUUGUGGAAAAACUAUAAUGCUUGUUGGAGCUACCGGAUCUGGAAAAAGUACACUACUUGAUGGAAUGAUUAAUUAUAUUUUCGGUGUUUCCUGGGACGAUGACUUCAGAUUAACGAUUGUCGAAAUGUCGGACGAGGAAAAAACAAGAUACCAUGACCAGACUCAGUCACAAACUGAAUGGAUCACCAGUUAUACCAUCAGAUCAAUGAGUGGAAGUAAUCUAGACUACGACUUGCAUAUAGUAGACACUCCAGGCUUCGGUGAUACACGUGGGGUGGUCAGGGAUAAAGAAAUAGUUGACCAAAUAAGAGAGUUCUUUACUACAAGAGGAAGUCAAGGCAUUAUGUAUUUAGAUGCAAUAUGUUUUGUUAUACAGGCACCCCUUGUUCGAUUGACGCCGCCACAGAGGUAUCUUUUUGACGCAAUUCUAUCGAUAUUUGGUCAAGAUGUUGUAAAUAACAUUUACGUCUUGAUAACAUUUGCAGACGGUAAUCAACCGCCAGUUAUUGAUGCUUUGCGAGGUGCGAAAGUACCAUUCAAAAACUUUUACAAGUUUAAUAACUCUGCACUUUUCGUUUCAAAACAACAUUCGCAAGAAUCGGAAUUUGCCAGUCUCUACUGGGAAAUGGGGAGGAAAAGCUUUCAUUCAUUUUUCGAUGAACUGCGAUUUACACAGACUAAAAGCUUACAGUUGACAAAGCAAGUCUUACAACUUCGACAAAAUCUUGAGGCUACAGUUCAAGGAUUGCAACCGCAGAUUCAUGAAGGUCUGCACAAGCUUAACACUAUUGAACAAGAAAAGGACAUUCUGAGGCGACACGAAACAGACAUCGAAGCUAACAAAAAUUUUAUGUAUGAUGUAGACGAGAUUCACAUGAAAAAAAUAGAUUUAUCUGCUGGGACCUACGUUACCAACUGUCUGACUUGUAACAGAACAUGUCACUUUCCUUGUCGCAUACCCGAAGACAGAAACAAAAUGGACUGCGCAGCUAUGAACGAUGGCCACUGUACUGUUUGUCCAAAGAAAUGUUUCUGGGAUACUCAUCGAAACAAUGAUUUUCGUUUCGAAACCUAUUCAGUGAAGGUAAAAAAAUCUUAUGAAGAGUUAAAACGAAAAUAUUUGCUAGCACGAAUUGGUAAAGAAAAGCAGACCUCUGUUCUGGACAGAGUCAGAUGUGCAUUCAUACAUCUCUACAAGAAUGUCCAGAAAAUGAUGAAUGAUGUUCGUUGUUAUAUAAAUAAACUGAAUGAGAUAGCACUGCGACCAAAUCCACUGAGUGAUGUGGAUUAUAUUGAUCUUCUUAUCGAGAAUGAAAAGAAUGAAAAGAAGCAUGGGUGGAAGGAAAGAAUAAAAUUCUUCGUUAAAAUGAGAGAGGAGGCAGAAAUUAUAACAAAAAUAGAGAAAAAAGUAUCAUUUCAUCCAUUUGGUGAUCUCAGCGACCUCUAAGUUUUGAAAUCAGAUAGACAAACAUUUUCCCUAAUUGCACUGCACAUGGACUUGGACAUCUUGGUCAAAAAGUAAUUUGACAAUUUUAAAACCGAUGACAACUAUAUCUUGUUUAAAUUUGACUACCUUAAUAUAUUUGUAUCGGUCAAUAAUAGAUUUUAGUGGUAGAAAUACGGAUGUAUAAUAUGCUCCUGGCAUAACUGUUUGAUAAUUAUUUUUAUACCGGUAUUGCAUGAAAACGGAAAAUAGAUAUUGAGAGGGGUUGGUGGAUAUUUUUCAUACUCACGAUACAUGUAAUCAAUUUUAAAUAUGAGUGAACAUUUGUGUUGUAUAACAAAUGUCUAGGCACCAUACUUCACCUUUAAAACAUUUUAUUGAUGUACGAUUUUAAUUUUUUUUUUUUAAAUUAUAUUUUCAUGUUCAACGGCUGGACAUAAGCACAUCUGGAAAGUUGUAGCUACCACAUUGUGUAACAAAUGUAACAGUUAUAUAGUCAUCAAUAACAGAAACUCGGUAAUGAUCAAUCGAAUCAUGACGGCUUUCGUAAAUUAUUAGAAAAUCACAUCAACUUUACCAGUUAAAGUCCUUGGUUCAGUACCUAUCUCGUAAGAAGAAAUCCCAUAUCAAGGAAAUCCGUAAAGUAAACGCAAGCUCUUUUGUACGGUAAAUAUUGGAAUAUAUAUACUCCUUAUACAUUUGAUGGAAUGCUACUGCAUAAAACUGGAAAUUUACAAUCAAUGUGACAGUGAAGUCAUCUUUUGUCGGAGAGAAUAGUUCUCAUAGAUACAGCUUAUUCAUACUAUGACUUACAACUAGAAAUCUACCCACGGUGUUAAAUUCGAGGUUCUAUGAUGCAGGAUUAGCAGUAUCAAUGAUAUAGGUGUAAUCAACAUAAUCACCAGACCUUGAAUAAUGAAAUGGAAGUACAUCAUCUAUAUAACUAAAAAUGAAGUAAACGAUAUACAGUAGCUUCCUCUUAUCCAUCUACGCAAGCCCGUAUGACUUAUGCUCUUCGAAAAACUAAAUAACAAACACCCAGCAAAUCAAAAGAGCUUCUGAGCACUGAAGGGUACAGAUUGCGUUCAUUUUGCAGUGGGAACUAAAAAUUAUAAACAUUGCAUUGUAUUGCAAUACAAUAAAUAUAGAAAUUAGU